AUGAAUUCGCUGCGAGAGGAGGCUCCUGGGGUAGAUGCCACCAAGUUGGAACAGCUGCUGUCCGCAGCUUACGCCCUCGCCAGCCCUAAGUUGCAGCAGAUCAGUUUACCCGACUUCCCCAUCGACAGUCUUCACGCUGCUGCGCGUAUACUGGAAACCAACCCAGGAAUUCCCGUACACAAGCUACUCUGCCUACUCUAUCCCUACAAGACGCUCCUAAGCAAAGACCACGUCAAAAACGUUCACGGCGUUCUACACAAUCUGAGUGUAGACACCGAGUCGAAAUGCGCUGUGGCCUUGCGCGGGGUGGAGUUCACGGAAAACGAAGCCUUAGCGACGCUUGAGAUCAACGGCGCCAAGUCUCAAUUUGGCGUGACAAGCGGCGCAAGCUCGUACAGGAGGGCGGAGAAGGGCUACGUGCGGACGGAAUACCAGAGUGAGCUAUUAAGCGAGCUUCUGCUAAGUCACAGUGUUGCAGACUUUUGUAUUGUGGGUCCGAAAGGCUGCGGCAAGAGUCUCCUGGUGGCGCAACUUGCGUCACUACUGCACUACACUAUAGAGCCCAUAGUCCUGUACCAGGACAUGACCGCUAGGGACCUUGUACAGCAACGCACUACUUUGGACAAUGGGGAUACGGUGUGGAGGAACUCCGCCCUGGUGGAGGCGGCCUUGAAGGGGCAUAUGGCGGUGCUGGAUGGCCUGCACAGGGUCCACGCCAGCACCUUGGCUGUGCUGCACAGGCUAGUGCACGAUCGAGAGUUGCAGUUGCACGACGGCACACGUCUAUUAAGACAUGACAGGUAUGACGAUCUGUUGUCGUCAGGCCUGAGCGUCCAAAACUUGGAGGAAAGUGGCGUGAAGAGGAUCCAUCCAGCCUUCAGAAUCGUAGCGCUGGCUGAGCCGCCAACCUUCGACCGUGGCCAGCACUGGCUGACUCCCGAAAUUCUGAGCCUCUUCGUCUUCCACGAGAUGCGCAAUUUGAGCAAAGAAGAGGAGAUAUUUAUUAUAAACUCACUUUACGGAAAAAUCUCGAAGCCGCUCCAUUCGAUCAUCGAAUUGGCGGACCAGCUGCGCAGAUCCGAAGACAGCACCCUGAGGAACCUCUCCUCCUCGCUGUCGACGAGGCAGCUGCUCAGGAUCGCGCACAGGAUGUCCAAAUAUCCAACGGACUCGGCACACGAGACGGUGCAGAGGACCUUCCUGGCCAAGUUCCUUCCCAACCUCGCCAGGCGGGCGCUAGAUGGCGCCGGCCAGAGGAUAGGCAUCGAACCGGCCACCCGCUUCGGUCUAUUCGGCAGCAGCGAGCCCAAACCGCCGUGCCGUAUCCACGACGGCACCCUCACCAUCGGGAAGACCAGCACGCGCGUUCUCAAAACGGACGCGCUGACGAAAGUGCCCGACAUACUGUUCUACGACGUGCCGCAGCACGUGCAACUGCUCGAGUGGCUCCUCCAGGACUUCCUGCUCGGCAGCCACCUCCUGCUGGUGGGGAACCAGGGCGUGGGCAAGAACAAGAUCGCGGACAGGCUGCUCCAACUCCUCAACCGGCCGCGGGAGUAUAUUCAGCUGCACAGGGACACCACGGUGCAGUCGCUGACCGUCCAGCCGACCGUCCGGGGCGGCGUGGUGGUGUACGAGGACUCUCCCCUGGUCAAGGCGGUGAAGGUCGGCCACGUGCUGGUGGUCGACGAGGCCGAUAAGGCCCCCACUCACGUCACCUGCAUACUGAAGACUUUAGUGGAGAACGGGGAGAUGGUACUGAGCGAUGGCAGGAGGAUCGUGCCCAAGGACAUGCUGGACGGCUCCGGUGGGGAGCAGUCCACCUUCAUUCCGGUCCACGACGACUUCAGGAUGAUAGUGCUCGCCAACCGGCCCGGAUUCCCGUUCCUCGGGAACGAUUUCUUCGCUUCUCUAGGCGAUCUAUUCUCCUGCCACGCGGUGGACAAUCCGUCCGUCGAGUCCGAGCUGGAGCUGCUCCGCUCGUACGGGCCCAACGUGCCCGGAGACGUGAUGCGGAAGCUCGUGCAGGCGUUCGCGGUUCUCCGGAACAUGGCCGACCAGGGUCAGCUGACCUAUCCGUACUCCACUAGGGAGCUCGUCAACAUUGUUAAGCAUCUGCAGAAAUAUCCAGAAGAAGACCUGGCCACGGCGAUAGGAAACGUUUUCGACUUCGACCGCUACAGCAAGGACACAUCUGAUACACUUCUGGAAGUUUUGCACUCCAGCGGUCUGCCGACAGAGGGCGUGCUGGAAGGACGUUCCAAAGACGCUAUGAAGAAGCUACAGAUGACGAUAGAAAGAAAAAGCGGAUUGGACGUGUCGUCGCCGAAGCACGGCAAGGAGGACCCGGACAAUGAGCCGCACGUGGGGGGCAACACGUGGGCGGGCGGCACGGGGGGGAGGGACACGGCCGGCCUGGGCGGCAAGGGGGGGCCCUACCGCCUCGACAAGGGCCACCAGGUGCACCAGUUGUCAGAUGAAGAGAAGAACGAUAUACCCGACCACGUGAAGGAAGCCGCCCGCGCUAUGAACAGAAGGGCCUUCGAAGAGCGUCUGAAGGAGGUCAAGAUGAGCGAAUACGACGCGAAGCUGUACGGGCAGUUCCUAAGGGCGGUCCAGCCGCAGAUUGGUGCUCUCCGCGGUGUGUUAGCAGAACUGCAGGCGAAGAAGAAAGAGAGGCAGUGGAGCCGACACCAGACUAGCGGGGAGCUGGACGACUCCAAGAUUAUUGAAGGAUUGACUGGCGAACGGGCGAUAUACCGCCGAAGGACGGAGCAGGAGCCGCCCCCUGGUUCCCCGCCAGACAAACCGAAGCGGCUAAGGCUGGUCCUCGACGUAUCCGGCAGCAUGUACAGGUUCAAUUCGUACGACGGCCGCCUGGAGCGGUCCAUGGAGGCGGUGGUGCUGCUGACGGAGGCGCUGAGGGGCUACGAGGCCCGCAUCAGGUACGACGUGUACGCCCACUCGGGGGAGGAGCAUGCCCUCGAGCUGGUGAGGGUCGACCGGCCCCCGCAGAACGAGAAGCAGCGCUUGCAGAUAAUCCGCACGAUGCACGCGCACGCUCAGUUCUGCUGGUCGGGCGACAACACGCUGCCCGCAACGAAGCACGCCAUAGAGGCGCUCGCGGCCGAGGAGGCGGACGAGGCGCUAGUGCUCGUGCUCUCGGACGCCAACCUGAGACGCUAUGGCAUCAUGCCGGAGUCCCUCGGGGCAGCGCUGACUGCCGAUCGGCGAGUCCAAGCGCAUGUCAUAUUCAUCGGCAGCCUGGGUGACGAGGCUAACACGCUAUUGCGUCGACUUCCAGCCGGACACGCGCACGUCUGUAUGGACGUGGCGUCUUUGCCCCACAUUCUGCAGCAGAUAUUCGCAUCAUCGCUGUUGCAGAGCUCGAACAAU